CAGCACCAGCGCAACCAGCAGCACGACUGUGUCCACACUACGGGGACCAGCAGCACCACGCGCAGCAGCACGAGCGCGACCAGCAGCAUCUCUCUGACCACCGCGACUCGCACCAGUAGCGCCACUCGGAGCACCAGUAGCAGCAGCAGCGAAGCCAGCAGCAAGACUGUGUCUAGCACGACGGCUAUCAGCAGCACCACAGGCAGCAGCACCAGCGCAAGCAGCAGUACCACCGUGAGCAGCACGACUGGGUCGAGCAGUAGCACUCGCCGAACUCGCAGCAGCACGAGC